AUGGCCAAUACUCUGGUGGGGAAGUUCUUCUCCCUACGCCCCAUGGUGGAGAUGGUCAGAAAAUGGGUCAAGGACAAAUGGAAACUGAAAGGGAGUGUUUCUGUUAGUGCCAUGCCUGGCGCCCUCUUCCUCUUCAGAUUCAUUGCUGAGGAGGAUGUCGCCCUUGUCCUCUCUGGAUGCUGGUCCUAUGAUCGAAACAUCCUUUCCCUCUGUCGUUGGAAGGUUGGCUUUGACCCUACGACUGACUUGCAGAAAACUGCUCCGUUAUGGGUUCGGCUCUCGGGGCUUUCCCUUGAAUACUGGGAUGAGUGCAUCUUCAAAUGGAUUGGGAACUCCUUUGGUUAUUUUGUAGGUGUUGAUGAUAUCAUCAGAUCCAAAUCACGCCUGGUCUAUGCUCGUUUCUGUGUUCAAGCUAUUAUGAGCAUGAAUCUCCCCAACUUCAUAACCCUCAAAUCCAGGCUUGGUAGCUGGACUUAA